CCUUUUCAAAAGUCAAAAAACGAAUGGAGAAAAAACCCACUUCCUUAUCGUUCCAUCCAGUGGUCAAAUAGGGAGCAAUCAAGAAAUUUCGUCAACAAGAAAAAGGGCCCUUCGCAUUUUGGUGUUUAAUGGUCAAUUAUAUCACAAGAAUCGUAACCCAUUUCAUACGUUCGUCGUCUGUCCUCUUCUUUUUUUAACCCCCGGUUUCCGUUUUCAGACACCAUUCUUUUUAGGGUUCUGUAAAAAAAAAGCUCCUGACAAAGAAUUUGUCUGAUACAGAUAUAUAUAUAUAUAUAUUUUGGUCCUAAAAGGAAAAGAAAAAGGUUUGAGCUUUGGUGAUUUACGUGUUGACGAUGGGGCUUUGCUGGGGUUCUCCUUCGGAUUCUCCUGCAACACCCAGCUCUACUGGUAACAUUAGUUCAGGGGUGUCUAAGUCAAUCAGCAACUGCGCAUCAACAGCUACUUCCAGAGGGAGCAACAUCUCCAGCGACAGCAGGUUCUCUGCAAGCAGCGGCGAUGAAGCUUAUCCCAAUGGUCAGAUACUGUCCACUCCGAAUCUGAGGAUAUUCACCCUCGCCGAACUGAGAGCCGCUACCAAGAAUUUCAAGUCCGAGAAUGUCCUUGGAGAAGGAGGGUUCGGUAAGGUCUUCAAAGGUUGGCUCGAAGAGAAGGCCUCCAGCAGGCACGGUAGCGGAACAGUGGUUGCUGUAAAAAAACUGAACUCAGAGAGCUUCCAAGGAUUCGAGGAAUGGCAAUCUGAGAUACAUUUCCUGGGAAGGCUUUAUCAUCGGAAUCUCGUGAAGCUGUUGGGGUACUGCUUGGAGGGCCAAGAUCUGCUCCUUGUGUAUGAGUUCAUGCAGAAAGGAAGCUUAGAGAAUCAUCUCUUUCGAAAGGGCUCCUCAGUUCAGCCUCUCCCAUGGGAAAUAAGACUUAAGAUCGCAAUAGGAGCUGCUAAAGGUCUGGCAUUUCUGCACACUUCGGAGAAGCAGGUGAUUUACCGAGACUUCAAGGCCUCGAAUAUUCUACUCGACGGGUCGUAUUCUGCCAAGAUAUCGGACUUUGGGUUGGCCAAACUGGGUCCAUCUGAUAGCCAAUCUCACGUCACGACUCGGGUUAUGGGGACAUACGGCUAUGCAGCUCCCGAGUAUGUUGCUACAGGACAUUUGUAUGUCAAGAGUGAUGUGUUUGGUUUCGGAGUUGUUUUGGCCGAGAUUUUGACUGGUCUGCAUGCACUUGACACGAACCGGCCUAGCGGGCAACACAAUCUAUCGGACUGGAUCAAGCCUUAUCUAGCCGAUCGGAGAAAGCUGAGGAGCAUAAUGGACCCUCGUCUCGAAGGGAAGUAUCCAUUAAAAGCUGCAUUCCGAGUGGCUCAACUUGCUUUGAAAUGCAUCGGACCUGAACCGAAGCAACGUCCUCCCAUGAAAGAAGUGGUGGAAGCUCUCGAACGCAUCGAAGCUGCCAACGAGAAGCCAUUGGAGCGGAGGAAUCUUUCUUCCCCGACCAUGGCGAGGAAGCAAAGUCCUUAUCACUCGCACCAUCAGUCUCCGUAUCAUCCACGGCAAGAAGCAGCCCGGCCAUAAUUCUUUUUCUCUUUCUGUUUCUGUAAUUCUUGAAUAUUUCAAUUUGUAUAAUCUGUGGAACCUAUAGACGAGAUAUCUGUUGUAACAUUGAUUUGUAAUGUAAACUGCUGUGCUUAGUUGCUUAGAAGCAGGCUCAGGACUUUAUAUUGAAAUUCAAAACCUUUAUCUA